AUGAAUCAAAAGGAGCAGUCACAAACUCAUGGGGCUAUCGCUGCCCCCCCUGAAGCUUCAAGUGUUGUCAAGCUUCCGCAUAUCAAGCCCGGAGAACUUCCAUGCAGCUUGAAAGAUCUAGACCCCUUGAUACCAGAGAUUAUCCAAAGACAAGCCACCAUUAAUUUGGGUUUGUUUUCCUUUCCUUAUCUCCGUAGGCACAAUUGGACAUGUCGCGCAUGGCAAAAGCACCGUUGUGAAGGCGAUUUCGGGCGUACAAACUGUACAAAUAUCACAAUCAAGCUUGGAUAUGCCAACGCCAAAAUAUUCAAAUGUACAAAUCCAGAAUGCCCAGAUCCAGAUUGCUACCGCUCCUAUAAAUCGGAUAAGGAGCCCUCCCCGGUAUGUCCAAGACCAGGCUGUGACGGUGUUCUCAACCUAAUAAGGCAUGUGUCCUUUGUCGAUUGUCCCGGACAUGAUAUCCUGAUGGCGACAAUGCUCAACGGAGCGGCGGUCAUGGAUGCAGCCAUGCUUCUCAUCGCUGCGAACGAGUCAUGCCCCCAGCCGCAAACGGCCGAACAUCUUGCCGCCAUCGAAAUUAUGAAGCUCCGUGAUCUCAUUAUUUUGCAAAACAAGAUCGAUCUUGUGAAGGAAACCAUGGCGGAGGAGCAAUACGAGUCAAUCAAGCGUUUUGCAGCCGGAACGGUUGCAGAGCAGGCCCCAAUCAUUCCUAUCUCUGGACAGCUAAAAUAUAACAUGGAGGCUGUGUGCGAGGCCAUUGCGAACACCAUUCCUGUCCCAAAAAGAGACUUCACAGCCGAUCCCAAAAUGAUCGUCAUCCGGUCGUUUGAUGUUAACAAGCCUGGUGCUGAUAUUGAAGAGCUUAAGGGCGGUGUUGCUGGAGGUUCCAUUCUCUGCGGCGUUCUCAAGGUCGGCGAUGAGAUUGAGGUGCGUCCCGGAAUCAUCUCCAAAGAUGCAGAGGGACGCAUCCGAUGCCGGCCAAUUUAUUCUCGAAUCCUCUCCCUAUUUGCCGAAAAUAACGAUCUUCAGUUCGCUAUUUCAGGUGGGCUGAUCGGAGUUGGCACCUUGAUGGAUCCAAAGUUGUGUCGAGCUGAUUAUCUUGUGGGGCAGGUUCUAGGGCUGCGCGGCAGACUUCCUGACGUGUAUGUCGAGCUUGAAAUCCAGCAUUUCUUGCUGAGAAGGCUUCUUGGGGUAAAGAGCGACUCUGAAAAAUCAAACAAGAUUUCAAAAUUGGAAAAAAACGAGUUCCUAACGGUUAAUGUCGGAUCAACUUCGACAGGAUGCCGCAUUAUUUCAACGAAAAAAGAAAGUACCCGUAUCCUGCUCAACCAACCCGUGUGCACGGAAAUCGGAGAAAAGGUAGCACUUUCUCGCCGCAUUGAUAAUCAUUGGAGACUGAUCGGAUGGGGACAGAUCAUUAAGGGCGUUUCCAUUGAACCGCUACAGGAUUAA